AUGAGCUCCGACAAUGCCUCACCACAGGCAGGUCAGAGCUAUAGCAACACCUCCUCAACCAAUGACUCCCCCUCUAGCCGCAACCCCGCAACCUUCAAACACCUCAACAUCAAACUCCGGGAAGAGACAAUUGUGAGGCCUGAUCUUUUCACACUGUAUUUUGGAUUCUUCGGCGAAGGAGUCUGGAAGCACAAGGUCGCGAAAACAGUGAAUGAACGAGUGGAGAACCACUACGUGCUGACACAACGACCCCCAACCCAAGAUGAGCUCGAUGCAAUGGUUGAGCACGGAACGCGAUGCCUGUACCAAGCGCGGACGGGUGUACCCGUAAGCUCAUUCAUCGGAACGGCGCUUCUCUACGCCCAAGCACGCAGGUCGCCAAACUUCCCGCGCAAUCCCACGCCAAUGUCACUGUUCAACACGUUACGAGCCAUGUCUAGCGCGCCCACUUUCAAAACCACCGUCGGGUCAGCGGCAUUCAAAAUGCUUUUUAUCGUUACUCUUGGCGGCAUGGCAUCGAGUGCUUACGCGGUUUCCCAAGAUGCCAUGCACAUGUUGACAGACCCUCGACUGAAGCAGUUUAUUCAGGACGUACGUAAAGCGAAACCCGAGGAUGUGCGUAAGCGCAAGAUUGAGGCCGCUCAUGAGCGCAUCCGCCAUGGGCGCAAUAGUGAGCAAGGUAUCGGCUCCCAGGUCUUCGGCACGCCUGGUGGGUAUGGAGACAGCAACGGGUACCCACAGGAGCAGGCGUCUUUCGAUCCUGUAGGGCAGCCAAAUUCUUACUCUGAAUACGUGAAUUCCAAUGAUACCCAGGGGGACUCUCAGUCUGCCUCAUAUGGGUCGUCUAGAUUUGAUUCGAACAUGGGUGCGGUCUGGGCACGCGGCAGAGGCACUCAACCCGAGUCAAAAUCGGCUUUGGAUUUCAUGGACGAGGACGAUGCUAGCCCUACAGCCGCGGAAUAUCGGGAUACAAACAUUGAUGGGUCAUCGAAUGGCAGUGCUUGGGACCGGAUCAGACGACAGAAUGCUGCGGCACGUUCUCAGCCUCGAUCCCAGCCCGGCAUGUCACAGCCUACAAUUAACCCUUACUCUGUUGGGUUUGGUCAGAGCGAUCAAGAAAAGUAUGACUCCAGUCAGAAAACUGAGAGGGAUCAAGCACAGGCAGACUUUGAUAGGAUGAUUGAGGCAGAGAGGAACGUUGGCAGUGAAGGAUCCUCUCGGAACCGAGGGUGGUGA